GUAAAAACAGGCAGGAAGCGCAGAGCGGAGCACGACAGAGAGCAGAGAAGAAGAAGAAGAAGAAGAAGAAGAAGAAGAAGAAGAAGACCAGCACACAUACACAGACGAAAGACAGGAGAGAAAAAGAAGAAGGAAGCAGCAGAGGAGAGGAGGAGGAGGAGGAAGAGUGUGUUGGAUAUAGCUACUGUUUUGCGGGUGUUUUGCGGGGAAUGUGCGGCUCCUCCACAACUUUCUGAAUCUCUGCUCUAAUGGUGAGAGGAGGACGCAGAGGAUGGGAGUAACCUGGUCCUCCAAAUGCCUCGCACUCUUUCUAGCUCUACACAUAGUCUCUGUGUUGCAGACGGUGCUGGUCAGUGCUGGUCAAUGUGACUCCGUGUUUAAAGGUUUCUCAGACUGUCUGCUUCAGUUGGGGGAGAACAUGGCCCACUAUCCCCAAGACCUGGACGACAGGCAGAACCUGCACCAGAUCUGCCGUUACUGGGAUAACUUCCACUCCUGUGCCACGACAGCGCUGGCCGACUGCCAGGAGGGAGCGACGGACCUCUGGGAGAAACUGAAAAGGGAGUCCCGCAACCUGGAGUUCCGUGGGAGUUUGUUUGAACUCUGUGGCGGCAGCAACACAGCCCCCAGAUCAGCUGAUGCCAGGGGCCUCGCCUUGGUCCUAACCACACUGCCCACCAUACUGACUUGGCUGGCGUUUUAACAGAAAACAAGGAGAAACAUAAAAAAUAAAUAAAUAAAUAACACAAAGAAGAAAAAAAGGAAAAAUGAAAAAAGAAAAUAGAAAAAGAGUGAUAGCUCCUCUUCAAUAUUGAAAAAACAACUAAGUUUGAAUUCAUCACCAGAAAACUACACCCAAAAUGGAUUUUUACUACAUCACUCUAUGGCGGUCUGUUUUGCCUUUCUGGGACAUCUGCAGACCGUCCGCCUGGAGCGCUCAUCCAAUCACACGCUGACCUGACCUGGAGGUCGAUAACAUGAAAUAUUCAACACGCCGUUGAGCUGAAAUGAUGACAAUGAUGAAAAUUUGAUGGAUCCUCGUCCGCUUACAAUUGUGGAAUUACACAGUAUUAAAGUCAUCCAUGAAUUAUUGAUGUUUAGUAGGCUAGGCCUAGACAGCACUAUGUGACUGCCGAGUGCUGACACAGUAUCAGGCUAUAUAUUAGGGUUCCCAUAUAGCCUAAGGUACACAUUCAUGUGCAACAUGAGGCUGAGCUUAUUGCCACAAAAUCAAUAAGACAAGCCAAGGCUGAGAGCCCAUUUCAGACCGGUCGCCUCAUUUCCAUCACGGACAGUUUUUCCUUUUUAAAAAAUAUUGCGCCAAGUUGACUGUGUUGAGCCCGGUAGAUCUGAUGGACUGAAUGCUUGAUUGUGAUGUAAAAUUUGUAUUCUUAUUAGCUGUUUAUUGUGCUCAGGCUAAGGUCACACCAGCUUUUAUCACCGCGGCAUUUUGCACCAAAGUGAAUUCAAGUUCAAUCGGCAAAGUCCGUUUUGCAUAAUGUCCUCCUGUACAGGUAAACUUUGGUGGACUUUUAACAGGUAAAUUUGUGGCAUUGAAGCAAACCUGCAAUGACUAACCUUUGACCCAAGCAGCAUGGCUUCCAGUCAGUUUUGUGCCAGCUGUAGGCGUAUUCUUAAAUUUAUAGUACUUUACUUUUGGUUGUUACACUGGCUAGCUUGCCCGCCCUGCUAGCUACCACAUAUAAAAUCAAUGCCACGUGAAGAAAUCUUGGUCUGCUAGUUUCUGAUGUGACCAUAGCCUGCUUUUUCCCCACCAAACUCUGAGGUGCAGGGAUGUAGGCUAGUUGAGAGUAUAACGCCUGCUUUUCAUUAACAGGUUAGACUGAUGUUAAAUUGCAUGAUUGCAGUUCAGAAAGGUUCAAAACAUUUCAGGAAAUGAACACAAACUCCAAAAACACACACAGUAACCUUGAAUCAACCUGCCUAGUAGACAGAUUCAUGGACCCACUGCUGCCAGUUGGGAUUAAAUCCCAUCCCAAAUCCACACCUAAGAAAUUGUCAAAUUGCAAUCAACCCCUCUCAGGUGGCUAUGUGUUCUUAAGCAUCUAAAAUAAAUUACAUGUCAUUUGAACCAUUGUAGCUUUUAGAACAGACCUAGAUGGAUAACAGUUCAGUUUAGCAACUAAACAAGAUUGAGUCACUUAAAUUUAUAGUUCAAUCUAGCUGACCUGGCCUUAUCUGGUUUUGGCUACUUACAGGCUAAAACAGACAAUGUUUGGGUUAGCGGCUAAAUGGGAUUGUGUCAGUUUGCUAACCACUUGGUUUAGCAGCCAAUCCAGAAUCAUCAGGUUAGCUAUCAGCCGCAGCAUCUAAAUCAGACUGAUGAAAGCUAACAGUUCAGUUUAGCAGCUGGAUCAGAUUUAGUCAGGUUAGGCUAUAAGUUUGAUUCAGAUAACCUAAACUAAUCUGGUUUGGCUGCUAACAGUUUGGAGGCUAAAAAAGAAGGGGUCUGCCCAUUGGUCCGACAACCCACUGGUCCGACAUCCCAUUGAUCCGACCAUAUUAAACCCAUUGUUCCAAAGUCCUGUUGCUCCAAAAUCAUCAUGAUGCCCUGUGGUUAAGGUCUGGUUAGGUUUAGGCACAAAAACCACUUGGUUAGGGUCAGGAAAAGAUCAUGGUGUGGGUUAAAAUGAAAAAGAAAGUGGCAAACACAUAAGCCGUGAGCCUGCUCCGCCUCAAGCCGGUCGCGGCGCACCAUACGCCCGCCGCGAGCCGUUCAGCACCGCAGACAGUCGGACUAAUGGGUUGUCGAACCAAUGGACUGUCGAACCAAUGACAUGGACCCAGAUCAGGUUAGCUUUCAGCUCAGCUUAGCAGCUAGAACAAAGUGUGUCAGGUUAGCUAACCAAUUGGCUUAGCAGCCAAACCAGAUGGAUGAAGACUAGCUAAUAGUUCAAUUUAGCAGCCAAACCAGAUUAAGUCAGGUUAGCUAACGGUUAAAAAGGCUAAAAGAGAUCAUAUUUGAGUUAGCAGCUAAAGUCAGGUUAGCUAGCCACUUUGUUAAACGGCUAGACCUGAUUGAUUCAGGUUAAUUAACAUUUUAGAGGCUAAAUUAGACAAUGUUUGGGUUAGCAACUAAAUACAAUUGUGUCAGGUUUGCUAACUACUUGGUUUAGUAGCCAAACCAGAUGGAUGAAGACUAGCUAAUAGUUAAUGCUGCCUUGAAAUGGAACUCAUGGGUUUAUACAAAACAGGAAGUCUUGAACAUGAACUCAUGACUUCAGAGCUCUUAGAAAAUUUCAAUUUACAAGGUUGUGAGUGGCACAACAGGGGCAUUCAUAUGUCUUCGCUUGGUUAUAGUAACAAAGAACCAUUUGAAAGCAGCAUAAAUUUAGCAGCCAGACAAGAUUAAGUCAGGUUAGUUAACACUUAAAAAGGCUAAAACUGAUAAUGUUUGAGUUAGCAGCUAAACUGAAUUGUGUCAGGUCAGCUAACCACUUGGUUUAACAGAUAAACUAGACAAGGUAAGCUAGCUAACAGCUGAGGUCAGAAGGUACAAGAUAUUGAGCUGGCUUUCAGGUACGAACAUUGCUAAGUUCUCCAUUCAACUUAAAGUUUCACAUAGUCUUUUGAUCCUGGUUAACUUGAAUGAAAACCGUCUCUUCAAGUAGAGUUUUAGGCUUUUUUUUCUCAAGUUUUUUUUAAACGAACAUUGUCUAUCACAUUACAAGCAAAAAAACAUUCUGCAAAAUUAAUUGAGUUUAAUGUCUACAUUUUAAAAGGUGAAGUAAUUUUGGGCAAACAGUUUGUUCUUUUCUCACUUUAAUCAGUUUGCAUCAUCACACAUUGUGCUCAUUUCCUGAAAAGCCACAAGAACAAGUUAAAGCUUAGUCUGUAAACUUUAGGACACAUUAGCCUGAUGGAAACUAUUUUUGGAGGGGAGAAAUACAUUAGAAUUAACUUUAGUUCAUGUUUGCAGUUGAUAUCUGACCGUUCCUUCCAUCUGGCCACAUCCCUGCUCAGCAGAACCAUGUGUUAGAAAUGUAUGAAUCUGUGAGCAAAAUGUAAAGAAAGAAAUACGAUAUUUUGAAAAGCUGACAGCAAUAUGAAGACAUGACUUCAUGGCCAGUGUAGCUUAAAAAAAACCAAACCGUGGCUGAAGAGUGAUAUGACUGUUGCCAUUUAGCACAUCCCCCCUUUUCAUAUGCCAGUAAGUCAUACUAGACGACCUUAGAGGUGAUAUAUUUUAGGUCUGUAUGUUAGAUUAAAAAGUUGAGUCCCAACAGUAUAGUAGCAUCAUAAACUACAUAAACACAGUAAAUAAAUUGGAGGAGGUUGUUUAUUUAUUUGCUGAGGCACAGAUGACGUUUCCACUGCCUUCUGACAACAAGAUGUGUACUUUUGUUUGUUUGUUGGUUUGUCUCUUUGUUUGUUUAUGAGGAUGUCGCGUAACAAGAGUUUAAAAAAUGGUCUUAUUCCAAAAAGAAAAAAAAAACAUCUAGCAAGAGAAUAUGUAUAGCCUAUAAAAGGAUUUUGAGAAAUUAAAAAAAACAAACAAAAACUCUAUUACAGAUAGUCUAUCCCAGACAGUUUUAACACAAGAUUGAUACUUUACAGAUUAUAGGCCUACUGAGAUAUAAAGAUAAAAGAUUGCUAAAAUGAUAAAGAGUAAUAAAUAAAAUGACUAAUGUUUGA